AGUUAAUCCACAAACUCAGUCUACCGCUUGCUAACAGCUAUGUUGUAGGCAUGUGGAUUUAUAAAUCUACCUUAAUCUGCAAGCCACCAUAUAAAGCUGCGGAGACUCUCAAUGAUCUCCUCAUUGCAAGGUGAACCGCUGUGUGGGUCAUGUCUGUGGGUGUGUUUUUGUUUGCAAGGAAAUGUGCUGGCUUCUCACGUGGGAGGAAUAUAGACUGUUCUUUGUUAGAUUAUUAGUUGCCUAGCACGUAUUUGCAAAAGCACAGGGUUAUUUAAUAGGAGACAUUUUCCACUCUGUUUCAGAUUUAUUUGUGGUUUGCUGGGUUUAAGCAGAACGGUAAUUUUUAUUCCCUCAUCUGUAGCAGCUGGUGUAUCCCAACAAACACCAGCCGGCCAGACAGAAUAGGAUUUCUAAACACUUGCUGGUCUCCUGCCAAAGAGGCUGAAGAGAACACACUCACCAGCCAUGAGUGUACCUGUACUUGCUUUGUGGCUGGUGUUCAUUUUCAGUUCAGGUUGUGAGGGUUUGGUUUUAAACCCUCUGUCAAACUUGUCAUGCUUUGAGCUGUGAAUUUCUUGCCGUGCUACAGCAUACUGGAUAGACUGCUGACAGGCUUUGUACCCGAGGAGGAGGGAACCGUGGGGGGUGGCCAUAGGCCCUGAGCCCUGCUCGUUGAGUUUCCGAUCGGCUCAAUCCCGGAUUAGUUCCCUGACGGAGAUGCUGCUGAUCCUUUGCCAAAUCAGGUCUCACUGCAACACCCAUGUAGAGUAACGCCACAGCAGGCAGUGAAAUGGACAGACAGAUGAGAGAUGCAGGAGGCAGUCAUUGAAAGUUUUCCCUUGCCAGACAGCGAGCAGGACCAGAAACUGUGUGAGAGUUGACUUUCCUACAGAAACGGAGCAGGAAGGCUUUACUUCAAAGCCCCUUUUGACCUUUGCAGAACCCAUUGUGAAAGCUUGCCAGGACGUUGCUGUUUUUACAGUAUUUACAGCAGAUCAAGAGACUGCUGAGGCAAAUUCCUCCCAGGGAAUGUUUCCGUUGCUCCCGGGGGGACAAGCCGAGCAGUCGCACGCUCUGUCUGAAUCAAGAGGGGAGUACUAUGUUAACCACAAGGCACCGCUUAAGCUAAAAAAACCCAGUGCUGCUGCUUUCAGGGGACAUAAACGUCAGCGAGCAAGAGAGAUAACAUGGUCUCCAAUUAGCAGGUCCCUGGAUGCCCCGCGGCGCACCGUCCUCGGCCGCGCAGUGCUUCCCAAUGGCCGGGAGUUGACCCCGUCCGUCAGGAUGACGCUGCGCGAGCAGCUAAGAGAGAAGAUCUCGGCGGCCUUCUACCGCCACGGCCUGCUGUGUGCCUCCUACCCAGUACCCAUCAUCCUCUUCACCUCCGCCAGCAUCCUCACCUGCUGCUAUCCGUUAUUGAGGCUUCCCCUGCCUGGGACAGGUCCUGUGGAGUUCACCACAGGGGUGCGUGACUACAGCGUCCCUUCCCAUGAGCCUCAAGGAGACCUCGGAGAACGGCCCGACUGGUACCGGGGUCCUCCGGUUGCCUACAUCCAGCAGGUGUUGGUAAAGGCGGCGGUGUCACCGUGGGACAGCAGUCUUGUGCCGGUGGACGUGUUUCGGUCACCGCUGGGUCGAGCCUUUAGCCUGCUGGAGGAGAUCCGCAACCACGUUCACUCCGACAGCUCUGGGCUUCGCAGUCUGGAGACGCUGUGUCUCCAGGUGACAGACCUGUUUCCAGGGUUACGGCGCAUGCAGUCUGUGCUGCCAGAGCACGGCUGCCUGCUCGUCUCUCCUGGUAACUACUGGCAGAACCAGCGGGAGCUGUUUGACUCAGACCCCGACCUCCUCAAGACCAUCCAGAAACAUGAACCGAAAGGCCUGCACACUUCGGCCACGCUGCGAGACCUGCUGUUUGGCGUCCCUGGGAAGUACACUGGGGUCAGUCACUACAACAGGAAGAGGGUUGUGACGUACACAAUCACUGUAGUGCUGUCCAGCUACGAUGCAAGAUUCCUGGACAGCCUGCGGGCCCGUCUGAAGCAGCUCCACCCGUCAGCUAACUGCAGCCUGAGAGACGACCACAUGGUUCAUGUCCACUUCAAAGAGGAGAUCGGCAUCGCUGAGCUCAUCCCCCUUGUCACCACAUACAUCAUCCUUUUUGCCUACAUCUACUUCUCCACACGUAAGAUUGACAUGGUGAAAUCUAAGUGGGGUCUGGCUCUGGCUGCUGUGGUCACAGUCCUCAGCUCUCUGCUCAUGUCGGUGGGACUGUGUACACUGUUUGGACUGACACCCACGCUCAAUGGAGGGGAGAUUUUUCCUUAUCUGGUGGUGGUAAUCGGCCUGGAGAACGUCUUGGUCCUCACCAAGUCUGUGGUGUCCACCCCCGUCGACCUCGAGGUCAAACUUCGCAUCGCUCAGGGCCUUAGUAAUGAGAGCUGGUCUAUCAUGAAGAACAUGGCCACUGAACUGUGCAUCAUCCUCAUUGGAUAUUUCACCCUGGUGCCAGCUAUCCAGGAGUUCUGUCUGUUUGCUGUUGUGGGGCUGGUGUCUGACUUCUUCCUGCAGAUGUUCUUCUUCACCACAGUACUAUCUAUUGACAUACGACGCAUGGAGCUGGCCGACUUGAACCGCCGCCUGCCAGCCGAAGCAGGACUACCUCCGCCCAAGCCUGGCCCGCUACGAACACGCGAGGUCCCCCCUCCCCCACGACCCUCCCCCCACACAAUUACCCUGCAGACCCCGGCCUUCAGGAACCUGAGGCUUCCAAAAAGACUGCGUGUGGUGUACUUCCUGGCCCGCACACGCCUUGCUCAGCGCAUUAUCAUGGUUGGCACGGUUAUCUGGAUCGGCAUCCUCGUCUACACCGACCCGGCUGGAAUACGCACCUACCUAGCUGCACAGGUGUCCGAGCAAAGCCCUCUGGGAGAUCCCGGAGGAGGUGGUCUGCCCCCUCACCUGGGGGUGGCCCCCGUCUUCCGUGGAGUAGAUCCUACCAGCACCCUUAGCAUCCACGCUGCACCAGAUCCAACACCCUUACCUGAGAACCAAUCACAGGGCCACGAUGGCUCAGCCAGAGUGGGGCCCCACCCCCAGGCUCCGCCUGCUGUGCCCCAGAUCACCUGGGGGGCAGAGGAUGAGGAGGGCUGGAGGAGGCUCUCCUUCAGGCACUGGCCAUCGCUCUUCAGUUACUACAACAUCACUCUAGCCAAGAGGUACAUAAGCAUCCUGCCUGUCAUUCCUGUCACCGUUCACUUGAGCCCUCAGGAGGCCAUUGAGACACGUCACCCUCAAGACACAAGACACCCCCCUCCACCCAUCCCCAAAGUUCCAGAUCUACAGACAGACCUCACCCUCUACAAGGUUGCAGCUCUUGGCCUGGCGGCGGGCGUCCUGCUGGUUCUGCUGCUCUUCUGUCUCUACCGGGUUCUCUGCCCACGUAACUACGGCCAGAACGGUGUCGCUCAUGGGCGCCGGCGCCGAGGGGACCUGCCCUGCGACGAUUACGGUUACUCGCCACCCAUCAGCGAGAUCUCCCCGCUGCUGCUGAGGGGCCACAGUAUGGACAUUGAGUGUUUGGCCAGUGACGGGAUGCUGCUGGCUAGCUGUUGCCUGGCAGGACAGAUUCGGGUUUGGGAUGCCCAGACUGGAGACUGUUUGACUGUGAUCCCAAACCAAGGACUCAGACGGAGCAGCAGUGGCUGCUGGGAGCAGCGGGAUGGCUGGGACAGCGUGAGCGGAGCAGCAGAGUCCGAGUGUUUUGGCACUGAAGCUCGCAGCUCCUGCAUCAAUGGUGACGGCCUAUCAGAAGAAGAAGGCUACCCGCUGAGACGCCGCACAGCUCGGCCGACUCUAUUCACCGAUCAGCCCGAUCUCACCCCGCUCAUUGACACCAACUUCACCUCCCAGCCCCCCUCUCACCUCUCCACCCCACCCAAAGGAGGAUUCGACUUUGGAGGUCUGGUGGAGCGCGCCUACAUGGAGCACGAGCCCCCCUCACCCUCCACAUACCCCUCUACUUCCUCUGCCUCCUCCUCGCCGCCCUCAGGAUCUCAGCUCCAGAGAAGACCAAGUUUAGGGGAUGCAGCCGUCUUCUUAACCCAAGAGAAGGCUUCCACAUCAACGCAGGCGACAGCAGACUGGGAAAGCUCUGUCUGGGCCAUGGAGCUGAGAGGAAAUCUGAUAGCUGCUGGGAGGAGCAGCGGUAAACUGGAGUUGUGGGAUGCAGCGGAAGGAUCGUUGCGCUGCAGUAAUGAAGACGGAGUCUCUGGUAUCACAGCUCUAGCCUUCCUCAACAACAGAAUCGUAGCGGCUCGGCUAAACGGGUCUCUGGAUUUCUUCACUGUUGAGAUAAACAAACCUCUGGGUCUGCUGCAGUACAGAGGUGCCCCUGGGCGAGGCAGCAUGCCUCCCUCUCCCUGUUACAGCAGCGAGGACGUGAUCAGCUGCCAGCUCACGCGCUCAGUACAGUGCGCUCAUCACAAGCCAAUCACGGUGCUGCGAGCGGCCGCCGGGAGGGUUGUCACCGGUAGCCAGGACCACACUGUUCGGAUUUAUCGUCUAGAGGACUCGUGUUGCCUCUUCACCCUGCAGGGUCACUCUGGAGGGAUCACAGCCAUCUACAUAGACCAGACGAUGGUUCUGGCGAGCGGCGGCCAGGACGGCGCCAUCUGUCUGUGGGACGUCCUGACAGGGAGCCGAGUCAGCCACGUUUAUGGUCACCGUGGCGACGUCACCUCGCUGGUCUGCACCACCUCUUGUGUCAUCAGCUCUGGGCUGGAUGACCUCAUCUGUAUCUGGGACCGCAGCACCGGGAUCAAGCUCUACUCCAUACAGCAGGAGGUGGGUUGCGGGGCCAGUCUGGGAGUGAUCUCGGAGUCUCUCCUGGUGACGGGGGGCCAGGGCUGCGUCUCCUUCUGGGACCUAAACUUCGGUGACCUGCUGCAGACAGUCUACCUGGGCCAGAGCAGCGACGGCCAGGGCGUCCGGCAGCUACUGGUGCUCGACAACGCCGCCAUCAUCUGCGACUUCGGCAGCGAGCUCAGCCUGGUGUACGUGCCCUCGGUGCUGGAGAAACUAGACUGAGGAGAGACUGAUGGACUGGGGGGGGGGAAGAAAAAAAACAUUCACUCAGAACAUCUUUUUCCUCUUCCUCAUUUUGACUUAACAGGGUUUUAUUUUUUUUUUUUUUUUUGCUUUCUUUUGUUGUUUCUGACCCCCAAAGGAGAGACUAUCAUUAGACUGGUUUUAAUGUGCAUACAAGGCUAUUUUUAUUUUAAGUACAAGCCUGGAUGUAAAGAGGCGGGAGAAAAAAGCUGAGGACUGAUUGUGCAACCUGCUGCAUUUUAUCGGAGAGGGGUGACAGACCCUCAAUAACGAAGUGUUGACAUUUUCGAGGGUCAUGAGGUUCGUUCAAGAAAAGCCAGAUUUUCCUCGCUUAAAGAGGACCCACCCGUCACCGGUCUGUGCUUUUUGUGUGUGUGUGUGUGUUUCGUUUUGUGGCUCUGCCCUCUAUGCUGCUGAUACGGGUGAGGCUUCACGGUGAUCCCACCCAGAGAGGAAGAUGAAACGGACUCCUUAUUUUUUCAUAUUCCUGCUGCCUCUUUAGCUUGACAGCGAUGUGCAGCCACAGCGAGCUCGGCGGGUCUACGGCCUGUUGGGAUGAGCUGCGCAAUUCUACGUAACUGUGUGUGUGUUGGAGACUGAAUGAAUGAAUCUAGGCCUUUUUUUAUGGCAAAACUGCUGAGAAACAAAAAAUGACUGGUUGUGUGUGACAUGUGUGCCUGCGAGACUGUGUGUGAGGGAGAACUGAUGAUUACUGUAUCAAGUAAACCUCCAGAGGGGGCUGUUUUUAUAUGUAUAAAUCUAUUAUUUAUUAGCGAUACAUUUUUGAAUAACAGUUUGUUUAUGAAUGGCUAAUCCUGGCUCUUAAACCAGAAUAUAAUCGGGAAAUAAUGACAUAAAUGUAAGAUGGUGAUUAUUUGUUUGGCAGGAUAGGGGCAUCGGUUACAAAACCAUUAUUUGUCAUAUUGAACUGGAAACACUGAAGUGGUGUUAUGGAGUGGGGGCUGUGGGAGAAAAGGUGAGGAACCUUUUAUCCCAGCCUCUGAUUCUAGGGUUACUGAUGCUAGACGAGGGCCCCCUGUGUGCUAUACCUUCAUCAGGCUACCUCCAUUUUCCAAACUGCUUGAAUUUUAGAUUACUGACGUCAUGUUUACAUUGGCUGUCUUAUUUUUUUUAUAAAUUGUGCCCUUUAGAUUUUUUUAAAUUCACUGUUUACUGUACCUGGUUCAGCUUAAACGGUUUCCAGGAUUUUCAUUUUGGCCCCCCAACAACAAAACUUUUUGCACUGCGUCCAAUAGUACAGCUUGCCAUGUUGAUGCAAACUUAGUCUUAAAACUUCUUUCUUCAUCCAGUAAGUGAAAAAUGAAGUGUGAUAAAAAGAGAGUUAAAAUAUAUAACCAACAGCACUUCUCAUUUAGAGACUCCAAACCAUAUGAAGACUCUCUCUUUUAAAAACUUUGCUCUGUUUUUUUUGCCCCUAUAAGCUAAUAUUACAUAACCAUAUACACACAGAUGCUAUUGUUCAUUGUUUUUAGGAUGUGCCCACAGUUUCUGUGCUCCCACAAUGACAAUUGUCUUAUUCACUGUGACUGCAGAAUUUUGAUUACUCAUAGAUCUUUAUCAGGCACAAAGCAUUUCACAAGCUUCACAUUAAAUACAUGCCAGUAAACAACAGGUAUCGAUUCUUAUAGGAAAUUUGCUGCAACCCAAGGCAGCUAUGUACUCUGCCACAGUCAAGAACAAUUGGAAGGUGAAGGAUUACAUGUUGCUUUUUGUGAUUGGUAUAUAUCGUGACACUUGUGGAAAUGCUUUGCACCUGAGUGCAGGUUCUACCUUUUUAUUUAUUUUUUUUGCUUGCUCUUAAGUUACAUUGGUUUGUUUUAAAAUUCAAUGAGCAGAGCCAAAGAAUACACUGAUAUUGUGCUGUGUAAUUCUGUAAUUCGGCAGGGUGGUUAUAAAAAGCCAACCACCUCUGUGGUCCAAAAAUGUUUGGACUGACUAGUUUUAUAGAAGAGCUCUUCCUGAAGUUAAUGCUUUCACAGUCACAAUUUUGGGACAUCUAACCCCUUGUUUGGCUUUCCCUACUAGUCGCUGCCUGAACUUCACCCCUUUUCUCUGGAUACCUGCUGACCCACAUCCCUGCCUGACACCAACAACAUACAGAAUGUAUUUUCUCUAAAUCAUCCACCAUCUACUGUAUCUGCGUCAACUGAAUGUAGUCCCAGAAGGUGUGAUGAAGAAACCCGUUAAAAAUCAGCGACUACAUCUAUUCCAGUAUCGCACCGCAACACUAAUUCAAUGCACUACUAACUCUCUCUGACGCACAUGCUCACACACGUUAGGCACUUUUACUCAGCUUAAAUACAGGAGAUGUUGACGUAGCUAGACUUGCAAAAUUGAGUUUACACCAUGGAUGUCUAAUAAGACCUAGACACAGCGCCUCCGCUCAGCCUUGCUUCCAAUUUAUUCCAGUAGCCAUGCAUAUUGCAGGAGAAAGCAUUCUGCUAUAGACCCCCUUUAUAAAAAAGAGAUGUCUGUAAAACUGUGGACAGGAACAUCACUUUUUUUGGUUUAAUACUUUCCUCAAGCCAAGUAAUGCAAUUUUAAAAUCUGUCUCUCCAUGUGGGAGAACCCCCAGAAGAAAACCCGGAAGCUAGAAACUUUUUAGGCGUUUUCGCCAGGCGAGCAGUUCCAGGUCUUAUUAUACAUCCAUGGUUCACACCUGCAGCACUUGUAAACACGCAUAGUGCAGGUAACAGGUCUGGUUUCACUGGGAUGCAGCAACCAAGUUCUGCAUGAAACGAGUGGUUUAUGACAACUGUUGACCUUCAGUGUCAUUAUUUACAUUAAAAUUGAAACUUAAAGAGACACCUGUUUUCCAAAUCCCUCAGAAAUCAGACUUGUGACCGCCUUGGCAGUGUAAGCUGUUAAUUUAUUAGCUUUGUGUUUUAGUCGAAAAUGGGAAGAUGAUGAUUUUAAUUUUUUUUUUUUUGUACUUCUGUUUUCUAGCAAUGUGAAUUUGAGUUAAAGCAAAAGUUGGACAUUUUGGGAAGUAUGCUUAACGUUAUUCGCUUUCUGGCAUUCUUAACAUUUAAUAAUAGCUAAUGGUUAAUUUACAGAUAGCAGCCAGUUAGGUUACAUAAGCGCAAAGACUGGAAAGCCACGUUCCUGGCUCUGUCCUAUUGUGACAAAAUCAACCUACCGGCAACUUUAAAGAUAACAAAUUAGUGAAGUGUAAAAAAAUCACAGUUUGCCUUUAAUGGAGGAUUUUGUGAUGAACUGUUUAACGGACAUAUACGAGAGAAUAGUAUUUAUCUUAUCUAACGCUCUGCCAGAAAGCAAAUAAAAGUAUUAACCAAAAUGUCAAACUUUUUAUCUUUGAAGUAGGAGGAAGGAUUGGUGUGGCAAUUACAAUUUAAUCUCAGCUUCUUUUGAAUGUUUUGGUUCAUCAUUAUGGACUUGGCCUUGCAACAGUCCAUAUCCAAUAGACAUUAGUCAGUUGAUGAAUACAGUUCUGCCCAGUUUGUUUCAGUAAACCAUGCUUGUUAUUGCUAUUCAGCUUCAAACAUACCAUACUCUGGUUGCUUUCAUUCAUCCGGCUGUCAGUGUACCAUAUCAAAAGUGUAUCGAUGUAGCCAUGACAUCCUUUUAUCCUUUAAGUUGUUAAAGCAGAAAAAGGAUGAUUUCCUUCGGCCGCAUCCUCACAACAAUGGCAGAACAUUUAACGCUUUGUGGUCCACAUCUGAUUCCCAGGCAGCUGCCUAAACAAGUAGAAAUCAGAUUUUAUAUCAUUUAACACUGUUUAGACAGCUUUCAGGAAAGUCUGAGCUGCUGGAGGAAAAAACUAAAAUCUGUAACAGUAAAGUCUAUAAAUCCCUAGGUCUGCUCCCCCACCCCUAGCCUCCUCCCUUCAUUGGCUGGCUACAAUCUAAGCAGGCUGUAAUAGUGGAGGUAACUUAUUUACUAUUUUUUAACACAAAAAAGAUCGAGACUUUUUACUAAUUUUCAAAUAAAGAGGCUUUGAUACCACAA